GAGGGCAGUCCCCAGGUUGUCUAGGGACUUCCGGAGCUCAACCGGAACCGGAAGCUUCUAGGAGCGAGGGGGUGGGGCCGAAAAUCAAAAAAAGCGCGGCCGAAGGUGGAGGCCGGUGUUGGCAGGGUGGUGGUAGCCCUGGGCAGGGCUGUGGCGGGUCCCCAUGGACUCCACCGCCUGCUUGAAGUCCUUGCUCCUGACCAUCAGUCAGUAUAAAGCCGUUAAGUCGGAGGCGAACGCCACCCAGCUUUUGCGGCACUUGGAGGUAAUUUCUGGACAGAAGCUCACCCGAUUGUUUACAUCAAAUCAGAUACUACCAAGUGAAUGCUUGAGUUGCCUUGUAGAGCUUCUUGAAGACCCAAAUAUAAGUGCACCACUGAUCUUAAGUAUCAUCAGUUUGCUAUCUCAACUAGCUGUAGACAGUGAAACCAGAGACUGUCUUCAGAAUACAUACAACCUGAAUAAUGUGCUGGCAGGAGUGGUUUGUCGGAGCAGCACUUGCCACAGUGAUUCAGUGUUUUUGCAGUGUAUUCAGCUUCUGCAGAGGUUAACAUAUAACGUCAAAAUUUUCCAUUCUGGUGCCAAUAUAGAUGAAUUAAUUACAUUCCUGAUAGAUCAUAUUCAAUCUUCUGAAGAUGAGUUAACAAUGCCUUGUCUAGGAUUAUUGGCAAAUCUUUGUCGAUACAAUCUUUCUGUUCAAACACACAUAAAGACUUUGAGUAAUGUGAAAUCUUUCUAUCGAACUCUUAUAAGCUUCUUGGCGCAUAGUAGUUUAACUGUGGUUGUGUUUGCACUUUCAAUAUUAUCCAGUUUGACAUUAAACGAAGAGGUUGGGGAAAAGCUAUUCCAUGCUCGAAACAUUCAUCAGACUUUUCAGCUAAUAUUUAAUAUUCUCAUAAACGGUGAUGGCACAUUAACUAGAAAGUAUUCAGUUGAUCUACUGAUGGAUCUUCUUAAGCACCCUAAAAUUGCUGAUUAUCUUACCAGGUAUGAGCACUUUUCUUCAUGUCUUAAUCAAGUAUUAGGUCUUCUUAAUGGAAAGGAUCCUGAUUCUUCUUCAAAGGUUUUAGAAUUACUUCUUGCCUUCUGUUCAGUGACUCAGCUGCGCCAUGUGCUCACAAAGAUGAUAUUUGAACAAUCUUCAUCUGGCAACACCAUUCUGGGAAGUCGUUCUAAGUGUUUAGAACCCACUGUAGCACUACUUCGUUGGGCAAGCCAACCUUUGGAUGGAUCAGAAAACUGUCCUAUUUUAGCACUGGAGUUGUUCAAGGAAAUAUUUGAGGAUGUCAUAGAUACUGCUAACUGUUCCUCAGCUGACCGUUUUGUGACCCUUCUGCUGCCUACGAUUCUUGAUCAGCUUCAGUUCACAGAACAAAAUAUAGAUGAGGCCUUAAUGAGGAAAAAAUGUGAAAGGAUGGUCAAGGCCAUUGAAGUUUUGUUAACUCUAUGUGGGGAUGAUACUCUAAAAAUGCAUAUUGCAAAAAUUCUGACUACUAUCAAAUGUACCACUCUGAUAGAACAACAGUUUACAUACGGCAAGAUUGAUCUGGGGUUUGGAACAAAGGUAGCAGAUUCUGAAUUGUGCAAACUUGCUGCUGAUGUAAUUUUGAAAAUUCUUGAUUUGAUGAACAAGCUUAAACAAUUGAUCCCUGGCAUGGAAGUAAGCUUCUACAAAAUCCUUCAGGAUCCUCGCCUGAUUACUCCCUUGGCUUUUGCUUUAACAUCAGAUAAUAGAGAAGAAGUGCAAUCUGGAUUGGGAAUAUUAUUGGAAGCUGCUCCACUGCCAGAUUUUCCUGCUUUAGUACUUGGAGAAAGUAUAGCAGCAAACAAUGCCUAUCGACAACAGGAAACAGAACAUAUGCCCAGAAGAAUGCCUUUGCAGUCAUUAAAUCACAGUUUUCCAACAUCAGUAAAAUGUUUAACUCCUCCGCUUUUGAAAGAGAGAGUUCCUGGAUUGAACAUUGAGGAAUUAAUAGAGAAACUUCAAUCUGGAGUGGUGGUAAAGGAUCAAAUUAAUGAUGUGAGAAUAUCUGACAUAAUGGAUGUAUAUGAAAUGAAACUAACCACAUUAGCCUCCAAAGAAAGCAGGCUGCAAGAUCUCUUGGAAGCAAAAGCUCUGGCCCUUGCACAGGCUGAUAGACUGAUCGCUCAGUAUCGCUGUCAGAGAACUCAAGCUGAGACAGAGGCACGGACACUUGCUGGUAUGUUGAGAGACGUUGAGAGAAAAAACGAAGAGCUUGGUGUGUUGCUGAAGUCACAGCAGGUUGAAUCGGAAAGAGCCCAGAGUGAUAUUGAGCAUCUCUUUCAACAUAAUAGGAAGUUAGAGUCUGUGGCUGAAGAACAUGAAGUACUGACAAAAUCCUACAUGGAACUUCUUCAGAGGAACGAAACUGCUGAAAAGAAGAACAAAGAUUUACGCAUCACAUGUGAUUCUCUGAAUAAACAAAUUGAGACAGUGAAAAAGUUGAAUGAGUCACUCAAGCAACAAAAUGAAAAAACUAUUGCUCAAUUAAUAGAGAAAGAAGAACAGAGAAAAGAAGUACAGAAUCAACUAAUAGACAGAGAAUGUAAACUAGCAAACCUAGAACAAAAAAUAAAAGUACAAGAGGAAAAGAUUAAAGUCCUACAAAGAGAAAGGGAAGAUAAAGAAGAAACCAUUGAUGUCCUUAGAAAAGAAUUAAAUAGAACAGAACAAAUAAGAAAAGAACUGAGCAUUAAGGCUUCCUCCCUAGAGGUUCAAAAGGCCCAAUUAGAAGGUCGUUUGGAAGAGAAAGAGUCGCUGGUGAAACUUCAGCAAGAGGAAUUGAACAAACACUCUCAUAUGAUAGCAAUGAUCCACAGUUUAAGUGGUGGAAAAAUAAGUCCAGAAACUGUGAAUCUCAGCAUAUAGACAUAAUGUAUUUAUCUACUGGGAAGGUGGGGCAAGGAAGGUAAUUUGUGACUCCAAAACAAUAGCAAAGUAUUAUCUAAUGACUAAUUUAGUAAAGAACCUGAUCUGACACAUGUUUUUACUUGGUCUUAAAGUUUUACUUUCUGUUUCUGGAUUUUAUUGCUUAAAGCUUUCUUUGGUUCUUACUUUGGAAUAUUCUUCUUAACCUCCAUUAUUGUUUUUUCUGAAGGUUUUUCCUUUUCCUUAAUUGUUUUCCACUCUCUUCUGCUUGUUAUAUUUAUUCUCAUUAUGAUUAGAUUUUAAAACAGACAUCAGUAAUUUAUUUUUCUUGCCAGUUUUACUGAGAUAUAAUUGACAGACAUCAUGAAACGAUGACUGCAACAGGUUUAGUGAACAUCCAUCAUCUCACAUAGAUACAACAUUGAAGAAAUAGAAAAAACAAAUGUUUCCUGGUGAUGAGAACCCUUAGGAUUUACUCUGUUAACAACUUCCAUAUUAUAAGGCAAAGCAGUGUUAAUUAUAUUUAACAUGUACCUUACAUCUCUGGUAUGUAUUUAUCUUAUGACUGGAAGUAUGUACUUUUUGACUACCUUCAUUUGAGUCCACUACCCUCACUCAGUGAAUUUAAGAUAACUUUAUUACUGCAUUUAAAAUGUAGUAAGAUACAUGAUAUAGAUUCUAAACUUUUUAAAAAUGCAAUGAAUAUUUACAGAAAUGGUGUAUAAAAAUUAGAAAACAGCUCGUGUUAAGUGACUACAUUGUCACAUAAAAAACUAUAACCUGUAGAAUUAUUUAUGGAUAGCUUCAGUUUUACUCUCUGAAAUGUUGCACAUUGACCUACCCUUAUCAUUUUUAAUUAAUUAUGAUUUUAUAAUUUACAUACAGAUAGCUUGGAUUCUACCCUUGCUACAUAUUGAGAAACAUAUUUGUUGUUAAUUUUGAUGUGAAUUUCAUUUAAUAUAGUCUUUCAUUUAAAUAGCUUUCAAUUAGGCCAUUGAAUUUUAAAGCAUAAGUUAAAUAUCCUCAUUCAUGUAUUAAAUACAAGGGAAUUUUUCAGGAUUCUUUAUUGAAUCGAAUGUUCUAAGCAGUAGUUAAAAAGUUUUCAUACUAAUGCUUUAGUUGAUUUUAUUGCUAUACUCUGACAACCAUUGGCUGUACUUGGUGCUUUCUUCACUAUUUGUAUCUCUCUUUGACUUAAGCAAACCUUAGAUUUACUUCUGUUUUUCAACCGUAUAUCUAAAUUUAUAUUUAGAAAUUAAACAUAAAUAUAUUUUCAUAAUUCACUAAUUAUAUUAAAUAUCAGAUAAUGGUUUUAUGUAUUUGUAUACAUUUUGUGCAGACUUUUUAAAAAAGCAUUAUGCUGUGUAGCAUUUUAAAUUGAUACUCAUUCUUUAAGGGGUACAUUCUAUUUCUCUUUUGAAACUGCAUGCAUUUUCAAUUUAAUAUGAAAAUGUUUAAAUGGAUAGAUGUGACUGAAGAGCAAAAGGCUCUGUAAAAAUAAAAACCAACAAGUUCUGUAAAAUAAAUAAAUGGACCAAAAAGCUCUAGGGAAAAUCAAGCUCACUUUAUAAUUUAGACAUCUCAAGACACUGAGCCCAGCUCAGUGCUGCCCAAUAGAACUUUUUUGUGAUGAUGGAAGUGUUCUGUAUUUACAUUCUCCAAUACCAAAGCCUUUAGCCACAUGUGACUAUUGGGCACUUAAAAUGUGGCUAGUACAAUGGAAGAACUGAAUUUUUAAUUUUGUUUAAUUUGAAUUGCCAUCCUACUGGACAGUGCAGAUCUAGUCCAUUCUUGCAAGUGUGCAUUUAUUUAACCCAUUCAGUAUGCCUAUUCUUAAAGACCUAUAUAAGCAGAGAGUCUGUAUAUGUUUCAGCCUUUUUUUAAGUAACAAUCAUUUUAACCUGUUAAUCCUAAUCUCCUCUCUGAAGAGGAAGAAUUAUAUUUCAGCUUUAAAGGUGAGUACUAAUCAUCACUCUUCUUCACAUUUUUUUUCCUAGUCUUUCUGUCUCUUGUAGCAUCUUUCAUAUUGUUCCUAUUGUUUUUCUUGACCUUACUACAUUGGGCAUUGGGUACUUUGUUUUGUUUUGUUUUUGGUUCCAUGUACCUCAGAUUAAAAACGAGUAUAUGUGUAUAUGUGUGUGUAUUUUUUUCUUCUUUUUAAAAGUAUUUUAAGCAAGUUUGAGCCACUACCAUAAGUCAGGGCUUUAUAAGUGAUUUCUAUGUGUGUGCACCCAUUUCCUAAUGGAGAGAAAAAACUAAGUAAAUGCUUCAUUAUAUUAGAAUUGUUCAAAUUCUCUAAAAAUUUUGCGAUGAAGAGUUUGAAUUCAAAUAUAUGUUAACACAGUUCCUUAUAUCAUUUGCAUUUGCUUUCCUUAAAAUUUGGGUAAUUGGAGUUUAUACUAAACUGCCAUCUAUUUAAUGUCAGGGCAAAAAAAUACUCAUUAAAACUUAAUGCUGUAUUUGGGGGGAAAUUGUCAGAUUAAUUACCUUUCAGCUUUAUUUAUGUUAUAAAGAGUAGUUAUUUACAUUAAGGAUAUAAUGAGAUUGUCUUGAAUAGGGACUAUAAGUUAAAUGAAAAUGUGCCUGAAUUUCAACUUCUACUUGAAGCUUAUUCAUAUAUGUUACAGGUACCUCUAAUCAAGGUGUAUUUCCUAAAAAACACAUGACCUUAUUUUACUUUGGUUUUUUUUUUCUUUUCCUCUUUUCAGUUAUGAAUUGUAUUUACAACUUUGUUUUUGACUUACCUACUGUUAGACAAUACACAUGUUCUGUUUGUGACUUAAUUCUUUUGCAGGAAUCAGCAAACAUUUUCUGUAAAGGACCAGGUAGUAAAUAUUUCAGGCUUCGUGAGACUUAACAGUCUCUCCUACAAUUACUCAUCUCUGCAAUUGUAGCAUGAAAGCAGCUAUCCACAGUAUGUAAAUAAAUGGGCAGGGCCAUGUUCCAAUCAAAUUUUAUUUACAAAAACAAUUAAAGCUUUGCUGUUAAAUGUUG